UUUUAACCCCAUCCCAUUUGGCUUUGGCGAUGGAAUAUGCUUCUGGGGGAGAACUUUUCCAAAGAGUGUGUAAUUGGGGUCGUUUUGGAGAAGAUGAGGCAAGAUAUUUUUUCCAGCAGCUUAUUUCAGGAGUCAAUUACAUUCAUUCAAUGCAAAUAUGCCAUAGAGAUUUGAAGUUAGACAAUAUCCUUUUAGAUGGAAGGAAAUCCCCACGCUUGAAGAUAUGUGAUUUUGGCUACUCCAAGCAAAUAUGUCAUAAAGAUUUGAUGGUAGACAAUAUCCAUUUAGAUGGAAGUCCAGCUCCGCAGUUGAAAAAGUGCGAUUUUGGCUUCUCCGAGAUGCAUUCAAAACCAAAUACAAAUGUUGGUUCUGCAACAUACGCAGCACCAGAGGUCAUAUCUCACGGGCAGUACGAUGGAAAGAUGGCAGAUGUAUGGUCAUGUGGAGUUACUCUUUAUGUUAUGUUGGUCGCUGCAUAUCCUUUUGAAGAUCAAAACGAUAAUAAGAACUUUCAGAAAACUAUUAAGCGAAAGAUGUCUGGACGCUACAAAAUACCAGACCAUAUUCGUAUAUCUCGAGAUUGUCAACACCUACUCUCUUGCAUCUUUGUCCGAAAUCCCUCCAAGAGAAUUUCAAUAAAAGAGAUCAUGAGUCACCCAUGGUUCCUGAAAAACUUGCAAUGGGAACUGACAGAACCAGCCCAAGCAAUCUAUUACAAGAAGGAUAGUAAUCGAAACUUGUCUCAUCAAAGUGUGGAAGAAAUCAUGAAGAUCGUAGGGGAUGCUAGAAAGCAGUUUCCCCCACCAUCAAAAAACUUGAUGGGCUAUUGGUCAGAAACUGAAGAGGAUUACGAGACAGGGCUAGAAGAAGAAGAAGAAGAAGAAGAAGAGGACGAUUACGAGACUGGGCUGGAAGAAGAGGAAGAAGAAGAAUACAUAUGAAAUGAUGGUGAAAGAAAUUGUAGCUAAAAGAUAUAUAAAAUACUUGAUCAUCAAUUAAAAACACGAUAUACCAUGGAGAGUGGUUUGUUGUCUUUCUAUUAUUGAGGUUGGCUGGUGUUAUGUACGUAUCAA